AUGGGAACGCCAAGAGGAAUAACUCUUCUCUGUUUCACAUUUUUCUUGUUUUGGAGCUCCGCAGAUGCUUUGCUUUCUCCCAAGGGAGUGAACUUUGAAGUGCAAGCCUUAAUGAGCAUAAAAGAUUCUCUAGGGGAUCCACAUGGUGUUCUAGAUAAUUGGGAUGGGGAUGCAGUUGAUCCAUGUAGCUGGACUAUGGUCACAUGUUCUUCAGAAAACUUGGUCGUUGGACUGGGCACUCCAAGUCAAAGUCUAUCUGGUACUCUAUCUCCAAGCAUAGGCAACUUAACAAACCUUCAGAUUGUGCUGCUACAGAAUAACAACAUUAGUGGACCAAUCCCAUCAGAGCUGGGCAAACUUCCUAAGCUUCAAACCCUUGAUCUCUCAAACAACUUCUUCAGAGGGGAGAUUCCUCACUCUCUGGGACACCUGAGAAGCCUCCAAUACCUGAGGCUCAAUAAUAACAGUCUUGUUGGUGAAUGCCCAGAGUCUCUGGCCAACAUGACCCAGCUUAAUUUUCUCGAUUUGUCAUACAACAAUCUUAGUGGCCCGGUGCCCAGAAUUUUGGCCAAAUCAUUCAGCAUUGUUGGAAACCCCCUUGUUUGUGCCACAGGAAAAGAGCCAAACUGCCAUGGGAUGACAUUGAUGCCUAUGUCCAUGAACUUAAACAAUACCGAACAUGCUUUACAAUCAGGCAGACCAAAAACUCAUAAAAUGGCAAUUGCCUUUGGCUUGAGUUUGGGAUGUCUCUGCCUCAUUGUUAUUGGUUUUGGAGGUGUUAUUUGGUGGAGGCACAAACGCAAUCAACAAGCAUUCUUUGAUGUUAAAGACCGGCAUCAUGAAGAAGUCUACCUUGGAAACUUGAAGAGGUUCCAAUUCAGAGAACUUCAGAUUGCGACUAACAACUUCAGCAGCAAAAACAUACUAGGAAAGGGUGGUUUUGGAAAUGUCUACAAAGGAGUUCUCCCUGAUGGUACUCUUGUAGCUGUCAAGAGGCUUAAAGAUGGCAAUGCCAUUGGAGGAGAGAUUCAAUUUCAGACCGAAGUUGAAAUGAUCAGCCUGGCAGUGCACCGAAACCUCCUCAGACUCUAUGGAUUUUGCAUGACAUCAACAGAAAGGCUUCUGGUUUAUCCAUACAUGUCCAAUGGCAGUGUUGCUUCCCGUCUCAAGGGUAAACCAGUGCUGGACUGGGGCACUAGAAAGCACAUUGCUUUGGGAGCAGCAAGAGGACUACUGUACCUUCAUGAGCAAUGUGAUCCAAAGAUAAUCCAUAGGGAUGUGAAAGCUGCCAACAUAUUGCUUGAUGACUACUGUGAAGCUAUAGUUGGAGAUUUUGGGUUGGCAAAGCUUUUGGAUCACCAAGACUCACAUGUGACAACUGCAGUGAGGGGCACUGUAGGGCAUAUUGCCCCAGAGUACCUAUCCACAGGACAAUCCUCUGAGAAGACUGAUGUCUUUGGAUUUGGCAUUCUCCUCCUUGAAUUGAUCACAGGCCAGAGGGCUCUAGAGUUUGGAAAAUCAGCCAACAACAAAGGAGCCAUGCUUGAUUGGGUAAAGAAAAUUCAUCAGGAGAAAAAGCUUGAAAUGCUAGUAGACAAGGAUCUCAAGAGCAACUAUGACAGAAUUGAGCUUGAGGAAAUGGUUCAAGUGGCCCUCCUGUGUACUCAGUAUCUUCCAGGGCAUAGGCCUAAAAUGUCUGAAGUAGUACGCAUGCUUGAAGGUGAUGGACUAGCAGAAAGAUGGGAAGCUUCACUAAGAGUUGACACAACAAAGUGCAAACCCCAAGAGUCCUCUUCAUCAGAUAGGUAUUCUGAUCUCACUGAUGACUCUUUGUUGUUAGUCCAAGCCAUGGAACUCUCAGGACCCAGAUGA